AUGUUAAAACUCUCCUUCUUUCUUUCUUUCUUUCUUUCUUUCUUUCUUUCUUUCUUUCUUUUUUUGUCGUCUUUUUAUUUGCUUCUUUCUUUCUUUUUUAUUAGCUUCUUUUUUUCUUUCUUUCUUUCUUUCUUUCUUUCUUUCUUUCUUUGUCGUCUUUUUAUUUGCUUCUUUCUUUCUUUUUUAUUAGCUUCUUUCUUUCUUUCUUUCUUUUUCUUUGUCCUUCUUUUUUUCUUUCUUUCUUUGUCGUCUUUUUAUUUGCUUCUUUCUUUCUUUUUUAUUAGCUUCUUUCUUUCUUUCUUUCUUUCUUUGUCGUCUUUUUAUUUGCUUCUUUCUUUCUUUUUUAUUAGCUUCUUUUUUUCUUUCUUUCUUUGUCGUCUUUUUAUUUGCUUCUUUCUUUCUUUUUUAUUAGCUUCUUUUUUUCUUUCUUUCUUUCUUCUUUUUUUUUUCUUUCUUUGUCGUCUUUUUAUUUGCUUCUUUCUUUCUUUUUUAUUAGCUUCUUUCUUUCUUUCUUUCUUUCUUUGUCGUCUUUUUAUUUGCUUCUUUCUUUCUUUGUCGUCUUUUUAUUUGCUUCUUUCUUUCUUUUUUAUUAGCUUCUUUUUUUCUUUCUUUCUUUGUCGUCUUUUUAUUUGCUUCUUUCUUUCUUUUUUAUUAGCUUCUUUCUUUCUUUCUUUCUUUCUUUCUUUGUCGUCUUUUUAUUUGCUUCUUUCUUUCUUUUUUAUUAGCUUCUUUUUUUCUUUCUUUCUUUGUCGUCUUUUUAUUUGCUUCUUUCUUUCUUUUUUAUUAGCUUUUUUUUUCUUUCUUUCUUUGUCGGCUUUUUUAUUUGCUUCUUUCUUUCUUUUUAUUAGCUUCUUUCUUUCUUUCUUUCUUUCUUUCUUUGUCCUUUUUUUUUUCUUUCUUUCUUUGUCGUCUUUUUAUUUGCUUCUUUCUUUUUUUUUUUGCUUCUUUCUUUUCUUUCUUUCUUUCUUUCUUUUUUCUUUCUUUCUUUCUUUCUUUUUAUUAGCUUCUUUCUUUCUUUGUCGUCUUUUUUUUUUUCUUUCUUCUUUUUUAUUAGCUUUUUUUUUUCUUUCUUUCUUUGUCGUCUUUUUAUUUGCUUCUUUCUUUCUUUUUUUUAGCUUUCUUUCUUUCUUUCUUUCUUUGUCCUUCUUUUUUUCUUUCUUUCUUUGUCGUCUUUUUAUUUCUUUCUUUCUUUGUCGUCUUUUUAUUUGCUUCUUUCUUUCUUUCUUUCUUUUUUCUUUUUUCGUCUUUUUAUUUGCUUCUUUCUUUCUUUUUUUUUUUUGCUUCUUUCUUUCUUUUUAUUUGCUUCUUUUUUUAUUUCUUUUUUCUUUUUUCUUUGUCCUUCUUUCUUUCUUUUAUUUUCUUUCUUUUUUCUUUGUCGUCUUUUUAUUUGCUUCUUUCUUUUUUAUUCUUCUUUUUUCUUUUUUCUUUGUCGUUUUUAUUGCUUUUUCUUUUUUUUUUUUGUCUUCUUUCUUUUUUUCUUUCUUUCUUUCUUUCUUUUCGUCUUUUUAUUUGCUUCUUUCUUUCUUUGUCGUCUUUUUAUUUGCUUCUUUCUUUCUUUUUAUUAGCUUCUUUUUUUUCUUUCUUUCUUUGUCGUCUUUUUUAUUUGCUUCUUUCUUUCUUUUUAUUAGCUUCUUUCUUUUUUCUUUCUUUCUUUUUGUCCUUCUUUUUUCUUUCUUUCUUUGUCGUCUUUUUAUUUGCUUCUUUCUUUCUUUUUUUAAGCUUCUUUCUUUCUUUCUUUCUUUCUUUCUUUGUCGUCUUUUUAUUUGCUUCUUUCUUUCUUUUUUUAUUAGCUUCUUUUUUUCUUUUCUUUCUUUGUCUUUUUUUUUUAUUUGCUUCUUUCUUUCUUUUUUAUUAGCUUCUUUUUUUCUUUCUUUCUUUCUUUGUCGUCUUUUUAUUUGCUUCUUUCUUUCUUUUUUAUUAGCUUCUUUUUUUCUUUCUUUCUUUGUCGGCUUUUUAUUUGCUUCUUUCUUUUUCUUUUUAUUAAGCUUCUUUUCUUUUUUUUUCUUUGUCCUUCUUUCUUUCUUUCUUUCUUUGUCGUCUUUUUAUUUGCUUCUUUCUUUCUUUUUUAUUAGCUUCUUUUUUUCUUUCUUUCUUUGUCGUCUUUUUAUUUGCUUCUUUCUUUCUUUUUUAUUAGCUUCUUUCUUUCUUUCUUUCUUUCUUUGUCGUCUUUUUAUUUGCUUCUUUCUUUCUUUUUUAUUAGCUUCUUUCUUUCUUUCUUUCUUUGUCCUUCUUUCUUUCUUUUUUUUCUUUGUCGUCUUUUUAUUUGCUUCUUUCUUUUCUUUUUUAUUAGCUUCUUUUUUCUUUCUUUCUUUGUCGUCUUUUUAUUUGCUUCUUUUCUUUUUUUUUAUUAGCUUCUUUCUUUCUUUUCUUUCUUUCUUUUGUCGUCUUUUUAUUUGCUUCUUUCUUUCUUUUUUAUUAGCUUCUUUCUUUCUUUCUUUCUUUCCCCAUCUGUCUUGUAAUUCUUUUGAGCCCUUCUAUUUCAUUUCUCAUUCACUCUCAAACUACGCACAGAUAUUUUCUCUCUUUAUCUUUCUUGCUUGCUCUGGAGCUUCUCUUGUCUUUCGUCCACUCCCAUCCCCUCUCUCUACGGAAUCCCACCUGUGGUGGCGUUGCACGUGCGCAGGAGUUGAUAGCAAAACCCGGCCUCAUCAAGACAUCACGAGUGUGUUUUCCGCCACCACCCAUACCCCAUCUCUCUCUCUCUCUCUCUCUUUCUCUCUCUCCCUUAAUAGUUAA